CUGACUUUUUCCAUUCCUCCGUCUGAUACGGGAACCAGCGUCAGUGACUUAAUGACAGCAGCCACAGGAGCCUCUGCUGGGUGUUCACAGGCAUGGCUGUGUUUGAGGACUGCUCUGUGCUCCUGGAGCUGAAAACUUUGCCCUACAAGCAGAAGAAGAAGCUGAAGUCAGCAGUAACAGAGAAUGGAGGCAACAUUUGCUUUGUGGUCAAUAAACAGUGCUCUCUGAUAGUGACCAGCGAUGUGUCCAACCUGAGUGCCAACAGGUUACGUAGCAUCCAGAAAUACCAGACACCCGUGGUCGGGGUGGAUUAUGUGUACAGCUGCGUGGAGCGAGGAGUUCUUCUGUCUGUGGAUGAAUACAAGCUGGAUGCUUCUUCUCUCUCCACCUUUGCACCCCAUCUUCCUCGUCCACCCUCACAUCAAGUUUCCAAAGUAACAACACUGAACAAAGCAGCUGAUGGGCUGUCCAAACGCCCAGCCAAGCCUGUGGACUCUGUGCACACUGUCAGCAUGACUCACAGAGCACAGUCUCCAGAGCAGAGCACAAACAUCCUGGGGAAGUUCAGAAUUUAUACGGAAACAGAUUCUGACCUUCCAGCAUAUCCAGAUCGUUUUCAAGUGGCUAAGUAUUCCAUUUUUGAAAAGAUAAAGAGCCAAACGUGGUGUGUGCUGGAGCUGCAGAGUUCCAAAGGGGAGAAAGGAUGGCAGUACCGCGUGGUCAGGUACUGGAAGGACAAUAUCGGAGCCAAGGUUUAUAAAUCGCUGCUUUUACUGCAUGUCAACUCACAGAAGGGAGCGGUGAAGGAUACGCUGGUGUUUCUGUCCACCUCGGAAGAAGCUCUGGAGGUUUACAAGGCCCUGAGAGAGACCCUGCAGGCUACAGGUCUGCAGAUGAGGAGCAACAUCCCUCCCCAGGCCCAGGACCUGGGUUCCGCUGCACUACAGCAGCUGCUGCUGGAGGAGAAGCUGAACACAGGGAGUUUAUCACAGGAAGUGGGCGUAUUUGUGGAGCUGCUCUGGACUGAGGCCCUAGGCUGCCUUAGUGACAUCCUCAGCGUUCCAGUCAACAAGCUCAGCCUUAAUGACGUGAGCAGGGUGGAGGGGUUGUUGCUUCAAGCUCAGAGGAAGCUGAGGGAGGAAAAACAUACUGAUGUGAUGUCUCUCCUGAAUGAGGUUUAUACCCUGCUGCCACUCAGAGCGCUCCCUUUCCUUCCCAAUUCCAAGUUCAUCUCUCAGAAACUGGACCUCUGUCAGUUAAUCAGAGAUGUUCUAAACGUGAGUGAGAUGACUUUAAGAAGCCCCGUGCCUUCCUGUGUGGGGAAGUACCGCGCUCUGAGGUGCAGCAUUGAGACUGUUCCCCCCAGCAGCUCCGAGUUUCAGGCUGUGAGCGCUCUGCUGCAGGACAGCAAGGUGCUGAUCAAACAAGUUCUGCGUGUCAGCAGAGGUGUGGAGCUUCAGACCUUUAAGAGUGAGCUUGGGAACGUUAAGUCCCUCCUCCAUUCCUCCAGCCCAGGCAACUUUGUCGGAGUCCUGUCUCGUGGUCUACUACUGCCCCGUGUUGGAGUGGAGCAUCAUGGGAUAGAGCGAACAGAUGCUGGUAAUCUGGGCAGUGGAAUCUAUUUCAGUGAUGCUAUUAGCACCAGUUUGAAAUACUCCAGGCCCAGUAUGACAGACGGCUCUCGACUGCUGUUGGUAUGUGAUGUAGCGUUGGGACGGUGCAGUGACGUCCACAAGAGAGACCUCACCCUGACCCAGGCUCCUGAGGGACAUCACAGCGUGCAUGGAAUCCGCUGCACCCCUAACACUCACUCUGAGUUUGCGGAUGAUGAGUAUGUGGUGUACAGCCCUGAUCAGGUGAAACUAAAGUAUGUGGUUCAGUUCAACAUCGAGGGAGACCAACCAAGGGAGUUCAGUCCUGUCAUCAUUACGUCACCUGAGCCGUGUCCGCCCUCUUCUGACCAAGUGCUCAGUUCAGAGGACAACGGGGUUGAAAGUAUUAAAAACCCACUGGAAGAUGUGACUGCUGGACUGUUGGACAGCUCAGGUCAGCAGCUCCCUCUGGAGGCUGUUCAUGUGAAGUGCAAACUGAUGGAUCUGCUCUCGCAGGUCAUUAUUUUCCAAAAAUACACCAAUCUCAGCUCUGUCCCCAUUGAAGCAAAGUAUGUCUUCCCAUUGGAUGAUUCUGCAGCGGUGUGUGGAUUUGAAGCUUUCAUCAAUGGGAAACAUGUGGUGGGACAGGUGAAGGAGAAAGAGACGGCUCGCAAGGAGUACAAACAGGCUAUUGAGAAAGGUCAUGGAGCCUACCUCAUGGACCAGGACGCCCCCGAUGUGUUCACUAUCAGUGUGGGCAAUCUGCCUCCCGGUGCAACUGUCCUUAUUAAAGUGACGUUUGUGUCUGAGCUGAUCAUCAGGGAUGGCGGUAUUCUCUUCUCCCUGCCUGGGAGUGUGGCUCCCUGGCAGGAGAGUGCAGCACUCAACCAGACCACACAGGUCACUGUGGAGAAGGUGUGUGUAACCGAUGAGGCAGCAAGUACAAGAGAGUUUACCCUGGACAUGUCAGUUGACAUGCCAUGUGAGAUUACCAGCCUGAAGUGCAUCACUCACGAAGUCAAGAUUAAGAGAACAGACUGUAAGGCAGUGGUAAGCGUGCUGCCAGGAAAGGUCAUGGGUCCAGAGGGUUUCCAGCUCCACAUCACUCUAGCUAAGAUCCACCUGCCCAGAAUGUGGGUGGAGAAACACCCUGACAAGGACAGCCAGGCCUGCAUGUUGGUUUUCUAUCCAGACUUUGACGUCAACUCCAGUUCAGCGUCCGAUGAAGUUGUCCUGUUGCUGGACACGUCUGAGUCCAUGAAGGGAGAAUCUCUCCACACAGCCCGGAGAAUUGCCCUGCAGGUCCUGAAAACCCUCGACCACAACCUCAGAGUCAACGUCAUUUUCUUUGGCACAGAUCACACAGAAGCUCUCCUCACAACACAGCCACUUGUUAAUGCUCGUCAGGCAGCCGAGAACUUCAUCAAGUGCAACUCUCCAGUAGGGGGCAGCACAGAGCUGUGGGGGCCCCUGCGAGCUCUGAGCCUGCUGCCUCCGUCCUGCGGCAUCAGAAACCUGCUGCUGCUGUCAGAUGGCCACAUCCAGAAUGCAGAACUCACCUUGCAGUUGCUCAGAGACAAUUCUCAGCAUAGCCGCCUUUUCACCUGCGGCCUCAGCCCAACAGCCAAUCGGCACAUGCUGAGAGCCCUGGCACAGGCAGGGGGUGGAGCCUUUGAAUUCUUCGAUACAAAAACCAAACACACCUGGGCAGAGAAGGUGGCACGUCAGGUGAAGCGUAUGGCGUCUCCUGGCUGCAGUUCAGUGUCAGUAAAGUGGCAGCAGUUCAACCCGACAGCCCCCCCUCCUGUACAGGCCCCUAAGCAGCUCCAUGCUCUGUUCAGUGACUGUCACACACUGGUUUACGGCUUUGUGCCACAUUGCACUCAGGCCACCCUUCUUGGAAACCUGAGUGGUCAGGAGCUCAAAACCAUGGUGUCAACCAGUGAGCUACAGAAGACCAGGGGCACGUUUCUUCAUAAGCUUACAGCAAGAGCCCUCAUCAGGGAUUAUGAAGACGGAACCCUGGACACCAACGAAGCUGAACAUGAGGGGAAGAAAGCAGAGUUAAAGCACUUCAUCAUCGAGUUAAGCAAAGAGUUCUCCAUCCUGUCUCAGUUGACCAGCUUUGUGGCAAUCGAGGAAAGGGAUUCAGAACAAACAGAGGGCUUCACAGACAUCCCCAAGUUGAUUGCAGAGGAAGAUGUGGACUUCCUCCCCUAUGUCAGCUGGAUUUCUACACGCAACCAUGGUGUUGAGGAUACGGAAGACUGUGUGUCAACUAUCGAGGAAGAUUUGGAAGAAUGUGUGUUAACUAUCGAUGAAGUUUUGGAAGGCUGUGGGUCAACUAUCGAUGAACAAUGUUGCCUAAUGGAAGGCGGGUAUGACUCUUGUGACGAAGGAGCGAAGACUCAUUGGGUAGAAGAGCAGCAGUUUUCAGAAGAGGAUUAUGAUGUCAUUUCCUCUUACGAGAGCAUGCCUUUAGAUUUCUCUACUCCUCCUCCUCCUCCAUGCCACCCCAUACUGGUACGAAACCAAGAUUGUGCUGGGAUAGUCCCAUGUGGUCCUACUCCCCCUCCUCAUCUCUCAGUACCUGCACGUAUCAUGGAGCCUGUUUGUGCAAUGCCACUAGUCCUUCAGUCAGUGGAGGUAGACAAGAGUACAGAGAACUCAGUAUUCCAAGCAAGGCAAGUAAAACCUCGAUCCGCUUUAUUUGGAAGGAUUGUGGGCCGUCGGAAAGGAAGUAGAGGAAAAUCACAGGGGGAAAGUGAAGCACCUCCAGAUGCUAUAACCAACACCAGAAGCUUGUCUUUUAGACAGCUCGAUCAGAUUUAUUCAGGUCAACCACAGUCAGGUUUUGGUGGCCCAGCAGAACAUGGAACAUCAGAAACACCUUUUUCAGCUGAUGCUGAAUGGACUGUCCAUUCAGAACCAGCGGGUGUUGUACGACAGUCUCUAGCAAGUUUUUCUGCCAAUAUGAGUGGAUCAGUUGGGCUAGAACGAUGCCACACGUCUUUAGAGGAAGAUUCUGGUAUUCCUUCUCCUCUUCCUCCUCCUUCACAUCUCUCCUUAUUUGCACAAACCCUAUCCUUAACCCAGAGUGAACCUGAACCUCAUGUAGUUAAAUCUCGUUUAAAGAAAAAGAAGCUUUCACUAGCUAGACGGAUUGGACAAACUGAUAUGUUCCUCAAGGAACAUUCCCUAAUUCAUUCUCCUCCUCCUCCUCCUCCUCCUGCUCCUCGAUGCCACCCCUCACUAGCACAAACCCAAUCCUUAGACCCCCCAGUCCCUCCACCACCCCAUCUUUCUGGUAGUGCAAUACUCCCUGAACGGGCAAGUGUCGUGGUGUGUGCAUAUGAACCUGAUGAACGUUCAUUAAGGAGGAGGAUUCCAUUAUUUAGAAGAAGCUCAAAGUCUUUCAGCAUGGAGUACUCUCAUCAGGUUUUGUCUUUGCCAGUUCAACAAACCUUCGGGUCAGCAUAUUGCCAAUUACUGAAGCCCAGAUGGACAGAGAUCUUCCAGAUGCAGCAUUCGGAGGGCUACUGGGAGUUAACUACAGAACUAGGAGAAUUCAUAAAUGUCAACGUAGAUCUCUUUGCCAACGUGUUCUUGCAAAGCAAAGGCAUCCUUUCUUUAGGGGUUAAGGCCCAUGCAGACAUCCUGAGGAUGGUGGCGACUCUUCUGGUACUACAGCUGAUGAGACUGGAGAAGCUGGAGGAAGGCAAACUGCUCCGCACCCUCUUCUGCCUGGAAGACUCUUCUCAGCCCAGGCCUGACUGGUGGAGCAACGUGAAGAGAGCAGUGGACUGGGUCUGCUGGGCUGACCGGCAGUACCCGUGUGUCUACAGCCGGCUGGAGUUUGGUUUGAGCUGGGAAUCCUCCACCCGUCAGCUGCUGGGCUACGAAGGCCUCCCUCGCUUCUCACCUCUCUGUGGUCUGAAUCUGCAGAGGGGCAUUUCCCCUUUACCAAUCCACUGAGAGGGCACGCCGAGAAGAUAGUGUGAGAGAUAUGCACCAAUGACCUGUACAACCUUUAAUUUCUUGCACAUGCACAUGCAGUAUUUCUGUGCUUUGCAAUAUUAUAGGACAACAUACAAUGACAACAUAAUAAUGCAAUUCAGGAAAUAAAUAUAGAAUAGAAACAGAGUUUAUAGGCAAUCGUUUAGAGCACAUAUAUCUACCUUUAUUUGUAUUAAUCUGAAGCAACAAGCUUACACUAGUUUUCUGUGUAUUGAUGUGACUGAUGUAUUACAUAGUUUUAUAUUUAGUGUUGGGCCUUGAUGUGCUUUUGGACAAUGUGCUGUUAAGAUAAGAUAGGACGGCUGCUUUCACUUCCUUAUUUUUAGUUUUUGAAAUGGUGUUAACUUUGUAUGUUCAUAAUCAGCAGCUGACAGAUCAUCAUUCAUUUCUUUGCUUUGUUGAUCAAUGGUCUUCUUCAGAAAUAUGUUUAUCAGGAAAUUACUGUAUGAAAACACAACAGAUUUGGUCUAGUAGGUAACUGGUUUUAUAUUAUUUGUUCUUGGUGGUAGUUGAUAUUGUUUUUCUCUGUGUGUAUGUAAUCACGAACAGAAUUAAAAUGUGCCUUAAAUGUUAAAUGUUCCUCUCUCCUUUUGUUUAUCAUCAUAUUAAAAUAAAUUCAUUGAAAACCUA